UCGCAUCCCGUUCCCACGGCAACCGCGGGGCGCCCGCGUCCGGGCUCAGGACCUCGAGGGCCCCGGCCCCGCCCCCACGCCAGCGCUCGCGGCCCCCAGCUCCCAAGCGCGCCGCGAGGAGGCCGCGUUGCCAAGGAAACGGGAGGACGCCAGGCAGCAGCCCCCCACCGCCUCCGCCCCUAGAAAGCCCUGCCGCCGCCGCGGAAAGCUGCCUCCGGGGAGGAGGAGGAAGAGGGACCGGUAGCGGGAGGGGAGACGAGACAGGAGGAGGACUAGAGCACAGAGACGGCCCCCGCGCGAUUGAUGGGCGGCCCCUCCGCCCCGGACCAGCCCGCCUGUCCCGCGCCUCGGGCCCUUCAGCCCGCACAGGUGGGGAAGGACUGACCCGGCAGGUUGGGGAUUAAGAAUCAUGUUGCAUGAAGCAAGGGACAGGCAGAAGUUCGUGAGUAAUGUUCAAUAUCUGCGGGACAUGCAGCAUAAGGUGGACUCUGAAUAUCAGGCUUGUCUGAGACGGCAGGAAUACAGAAGAGACCCAAAUGAGAAGAAACGAGAUCAAUUUUGGGGGCCGGAGACAAACUUGCUGAGAACCCGGUUUUCAAGUGGGUCAUCUCCCAAACAGGGUUCUGGUGAGGAGGACCCUCUAACUGAACCAAGACCAUCCACCAAGAGUUCUGCAGUUAAGUGUGAUUCCAAACUUCCAGCAAUUGACCAAACAUCAGUCAAACAGAAACGUAAAAGUACCAUGACUCCAAGGAAAAUGGAGAAAGCAGGUCCCAGCAAACCCUCUUCAGGUGAGGGACACCCAUGUUGGUGGUCGAAGGAGGAAACAGACCUACGAGGCCCUGCUGGCUGGGACAGGCUAGGGAAGAAAGGUCCUUGGGAAGGAAGAUGGCAUCCCUGUUCAGCAGCCGAGGCACCACAGAUCUUAUCAAGGAAGAGGAGGCCAAACCUGGGGAGACUGACAGUCAGCCCAGAAACGCAGAGCCCAAGAGUGCCAGGGGACAGAAGCAGACUGAAGGCGCAGGCCCUCAGGGGACCAGAUCCAGUAGUUCCACAAGAGGGCCCAACGUGGGCAAGUGACAGUAAGCUGAAGAGGCCAACUCGAGAGAGAAGAAACUUAGUCUCAUCCUCACAGCUAAUGACCAUGACUGAGAAUACCCCUGAGAGAGCCAAAAAAGGAGACCCAAGUGCUCUUUCCCAGAAUGAGCCGCAUCCAGGCCUAUCUCAGGCCUUCCAAGGAGCAAACAGCCCUCAGGUGUUAAGUGGGUCCUUGGGGCCACCGCUCCUAACCACCACCAUGGGAGGACCAAGAAGGGCACCAUUUAGGUUCAGAGAUGAAGAUUUUUAUUCCAUUUUAUCCUUAAACCCUGGAGGAGAAGGUGAUGACACGGAAGAAGAGACCCUCGUGGAGGAAGAACUUUUGUUGGUUGGUAUGCACCCACCUCGUUCUCCUCCCAAUCAUAAGAGAAGUCGAUUUCUUGGGACAUCGGCCACUCAGGCCAAAAAUAAAAAUUUUGAGGAAAACCCUGAAAAUUGCAAAGUUAAUUCUGUAAGAAGAAAUGAGUCCAGUCAGUCUAGUCAUGGCUCAUUAAGAAUAAACAAUGCAAUGGAGCCUGUGACAGAGACGCCUCCUGCUGGGCCAAGGGUGUUUGAAGACCCCAAGCCACCCGAUGGGGGGUCUCCUAAAGAGAAUGACAGUGGUGACAGUGAACAUGAGAACAGCACCUUUCCUUCAUGGGACACCAAAUCCAACACUAGUCUAGAUGGUGACCUCAAUGCUGAAAAUGUCUUUAGAGAUCGUACUUCAGUGGAAGACAGGCCUGGUACCCACGAUUAUGAAAGAGAAUGGCACACCUAUUUAAACAGUUCUAGUAAUUCACUUGACUAUUUUCUUUCUGGUAGAUCAACAGCUCCAAGAUCACCAGUGAAUUCAUCUUAUAACACUCCUGGAUCAUUCAUGCAUUCAGCUAUGAGAGAGUUUAUUCCAGUAGACUUGUCAACGUCAUCUACAUUCAUUCACGGCACAGACUCAGAGGGAAACUCAAGGUUUAAUGUUCGUCGACCACUGUCCCCCAUUAGAAAUAGGAAUCCAUUUGUCAGUGCUGAAAACCAUAGUUAUUUUCCAGUAAACAGUGCACAUGAAUUUGAUGUCAGGGGACAAGAUGUUACUUUAACAAGCCCAUCUCAGGAGGCUCCAUUAUACACAGAAGACCUCUUACUAAAUCCUCAAAGCAACUUGUCCUUGGUGGAGUCUUCCAGCUCCUCUCCAUCAAGAAUGAACUUACAAGGCCAUUUGCACGUGCCUGGGUCCGUGCAAGAAAACAUACCUUUUACUUUCUCUGCGGUCCCUGAUUUCCCAAAUCAAAAUGAUAAUGGAAACAGAACGACAGAGUCUGCUUUCAUGGAUGAAAAGGAAGCCAUUAAGAUAAAGGCAGACCCUGAGAAACUCAAGAGACUACAAGAAAGUCUCCUGGAGGAGGACUCGGAGGAGGAAGAGGGAGACCUGUGUCGCAUCUGUCAGAUUGCCGGGGGUUCCCCAACCAACCCCCUCCUGGAGCCUUGCGGCUGUGUGGGAAGCCUGCGGUUUGUUCAUCAGGAGUGCCUGAAAAAGUGGCUGAAAGUGAAAAUAACAUCAGGAAUGGAUCUAGGCGCCGUGAAGACCUGUGAGAUGUGUAAGCGAGGCCUGCUGGUCAACCUGGGUGAUUUUAACGUGACCGACUUCUACCAGAAGCACCAGCAAUCCCGGGCACAAAAUGAGCUGAUGAAUUCAGGCUUGUACCUGGUGCUGCUGCUUUACCUCUACGAGCAGAGGUUUGCAGAACUCACGAGGCUCAACUACAGCCGAGUUGUAAGAGAGAGGUUGUCAAGAAAUUACCCACAACCCAGACCGGAAGAAAAUGAAAAUUCUGAGCUGGGGGAUGGAAAUGACAGCAGCAGCCACGUUGUCUAGCAAGGGAGCUGGCCCCC